CAAUUGCCUUACGCCUCUCUUUUUUCUCCUACUCUCUUCCCUUCUCUCCGCCACCCACUUUCUUGUGGGAGGCUGCUAUAUAUCAGGAGGCAACCUCAUACCAAUUGGUCGCGAGUUGAAACCGAAUUUCUUAGCUUCACCAUCAUAUCAACGCCAUGGAUGUCAAGUCCUCCCUCCUCCUCCUCCUCCUCCUCCCUCUUCUGCUGCUUCUCCCUUCCAGCCACGCCACUCUCACAGUCGGUUUCUACAACACCUCAUGCCCAUCCGCGGAGAGCAUCGUCAGGUCCGCCGUCGCAGCAGCCGUGAGUGCAAACCCCGGCAUUGCGGCCGGCUUGAUCCGCAUGCAUUUCCACGACUGCUUUGUCAGGGGCUGCGAUGCCUCAGUCAUUCUGAGAAACGCCAGUGGGGGGGAGCGGGACGCCGGCCCGAAUGCGAGCCUCCGUGGGUUCGAAGUCAUUGACGCGGCCAAAGCCCAGCUCGAGGCAGCGUGCCCCAACACGGUCUCCUGCGCCGACGUCCUUGCCUUUGCAGCCCGCGACAGUGCGGCACUCGUCGGGAACAUCAGCUACCAGAUCCCGUCCGGCCGGCGUGACGGACUCAUCUCCAGCGCGUCGGAGGUGGACCUACCCCCGCCGAAUGCCGACUUGACUGAGCUCAUCCGCAGGUUCGCCGAUAAGAACUUGACGGAGCUGGAUAUGGUGACCUUGUCGGGAGCCCACUCGAUCGGGGUGGCCGGCUGUGGGUCCUUCAACUUCCGGCUCUUCAACUUCAGCAACACCAGCCAAGUUGACCCAACGCUGGACCCCACCUACGCGGCCUUCCUCCGCACUCGGUGCCCCAACGACACCGCCACGGGCACAGUCAACAUGGACAGCAUCACGCCCAAUGUGCUGGACAACAACUACUACGUGGGGCUAACCAGGAACCUGGGCCUCUUCUCCUCUGACCAGACCCUCCUCACCACCAACACCUCCAAUGCAAUGGUGAUGGAGAAUGUAAACAACCCGUCUAGGUGGGCAAGCCUCUUUGCUCAGUCCAUGGUGAAGAUGGGCGCCAUUGACGUGCUCACAGGAACACAGGGACAGAUCAGGAGGAACUGCAGCGUCGUCAACCCGACCACUGUUGAUCUCCUUCUUCCAAAGUCUACAGAGACUUCUCAAGUUGCCAGCAGCUAAAGGCAGAUCAGUUGAUUCAUCUGCUGAGGGAGACCGUGCGUGUACACAACAUAUAUCCUGAUCACCCUGGCUGCUUUAGUCGUCAGUAAUCUUCCAUUGUUGGUGUGAGUAAAAUAAAUUGCAGAGGCAGAGUUAGAAGAGUUAAGUUGUUCUAAGAGGGUCUAGCGAAUGCUGCAUGCGAGAUUCUAUAGUUUCUCAGUUCUUGAAGUCGUUGUAUUCCUAUAUAUAUCUAACAGCAACUUUUGGUUUAAUGCUUGUGUAUUUACAUAUGGCGGAUCUUAAAAUGGCAAUGUUA